CUCCAUCGAAUUCGACAUCGACCGUGUCCGUGUCAGGCAACCCAGCGCCUUCUUUCGACCCAGCUCGACGACGCCCAUCCGCCUCAUUGCUCUCUUUCUCACGCGGGCCCCAUCUUUUCUUCAACGAAAUGCUGCACCGCUCGUUCCUACUCGUGGCCACUGUCCUCGUGUGUAUUCUACCAUCGACAACCGUCGCCCAUGGCGCGGCAGCCGGUGCUGUCGGCAUUCACGACGACAAGCACUGCCCCAUCUGCAACAUGUUUGUCAAAGAUGAAAACUUGACUUGGUUCACGGAACUCAAGAACGGUCAACGCAUCUACACGUGCGGCAUGACGAAUGGCACGCAGUUUGCGCGCGGCAAGAACUCUUUCUCCCACCCGUCGCUUGUUGGCGCCACCUUGGACUCCCUCAUCGUUCGCGACGGCACUGGAUGCAACAACACGUGUCCGGAAUGCGACGACUCGGCGCUGCCUGUAUUGGACCCCAUCACCGGCACCAAGAUCACGUCGGCCAAAUUCACGUACGCUUGCCUAAAGAAAGGCCAAAAGAUCUACUUUGAAUCCGAAACGUCCAAGGCCACGUUUCUCGAUGGCGCGUCCUCCAAAGCGUACUUUGGUGUGGCCGCGAUGACUUGCAACAGUGCCUCGUGCCCCGACAGCUUCCAGGAAGUGCCUGUGAUUUCUGUGACAACUCCCACGACGACCUCGUUGCGAACCAAUGACGCCGACUCACGUGCCGACGGCGGCGUCAGCGAACCAUUUUGCUCCGGCGCAUCUGCCAUGUUUUCCGGUUUCCAGUCCACGGUCCAUGGCACGUGCGUGAAGCUCCUAUUUCAACCUUGGGUGCUAAACAGUAAGCUCAAGUACGCUAUUGGGAUCGUCGGGGUCUUCUUGCUGCCCCUGCUCAACGAAGGGCUCGUCCAUGCCCGCGAGCACCUUCGCCACAUCUUUCGCAACCGUGCCAAGGCUUCGACCACCACCAUCGCGACGAAGCGGCUUCACAAACUGACGUUGACAGCGCUCUACAUGGCGCAGAUGACACUGGCAUACUUUGCCAUGCUGGUCGUGAUGACUUACGACUCGGGUCUGUUUGUGUCGCUGAUUGUGGGCUUUGGUGUGGGCUAUGCCUCGUUCAAGCAUGGGAAGCACUCGGCCAAUGUACUCCCCAUCGACGACAAUGUCUCGGCUAGCUCGUCCACGAACGAAGAUGCCGCCAUGGAUGGUCCGGCGGCGCCGUGGCGAUUUCAACGAAUGGACGACCUCGUGGUAUUGCAUGUGCCCGGGAUGAAAUGCGCUGCCAACUGCGGAUCCACCAUCCACCGGGCGUUGGACGGCAUCGUCGAUCUCGUGCACGUGGACAUGGUCGACAAGUGCGUGUAUGUCGCGCCUUCGUCUUCCUCUCAGUGCAACGCGGCGGAACUGGUGAAAAUCAUCGACAUGGCCGGGUUUGCCGCGACAGUCUUGCGAGCGCCAAAGGGCAUGACAAUUUAACUAACAUCUACGACACGUCUUGGCGGCGAACCAAGUGACAAAGUGGAGGCUGCAGUGCAAUAUUGUAGUACUAGCUUCCGCACGCAUUGGACGUCGCUCGAUCUCGUGGUGUGACGUUCUGCCAUCAUAGCGAGUAAGAUAUGGCUGCCGUGAUCCA